AUGAUAAAGGCUGUAAUGGUGAGGUGUUACCUGCUCUGUUUACUAACUCUUGCACUGUGUUGUGCUUGUGGGUUAGUAUGGGCUGAUAGUCCUAAAGCUUCUGAUGCCCUUGUUAAAACUUCUACUGUUGGUGUUCCUUCUCUUGUUCGGCGUGCUAUACCUGCGGAGGAUGGUGUUGGGCUUGAGAUUUUGCAUGAAGAUGAGGACGAAGAUGUAGACGAAUCAAAUGUUACCAAGGUUCAUGGUUCUGAACGUUCUUCUGUUUUCUCUCAAGUGGACCCAGUCAAGCAACAGAUUCCUCCUCCUCCAGGUUCUUCCAAUUCUCGUCCCGAUUUUGGAGCAAAUACACCAGGUCUUUCAAGGGAUCCUGGAAGUGCGGUAAAUAGAUCACCUGAUGAAGAGAAUUGA